CUCUUACAUUUCACAUCUCUUCCAGGAUGCAGCUACGAUAUCUCUUGCUCUGCUCAGCCGUCGUGCUUAUGGGUUGCUGUCACCCCGCAGCAGCAGCAGCGCAGGAGCCACCGUGCUAUGUCACUGGCGAAGGGGUUUCUGACGUCACGUGCUCUGCCUCAGCGAGCCUCCAGGAGAUCGGAGAUUUCCUGAAGCAGCUCAGCAGCUCUAACGGCGUCACGGAAUACAACAAAUUCGGUCUGUACGACAACCUGGUGGUCCAGCACCUCCCCGCGGGUCUCCUCGCCGACCUCCGCUUCUCCGUGGUCGAGGUGAUGUCGUGCUCCAACCUGACGAAGGUCGACGACUUCCUCGGGGCCUCCAGCGCCUCCCUCAGGAAUCUCUCGAUGAACGGCAAUUCGCUGACUGAAAUACCUCAGCUGAAUGCUCCAGCUCUCCAGAAUUUGAGGAUUUUCCAGUCUGAUAUUACGGUUGUGGUGCGGAGGUCAGCGCUGCAAGGAAUGCCCAACAUUGAGGAAAUCAAGCUGGAAAGGGCCUCCGCGACGCCUCUCGCCUUCUACGACCUCAAGCUCCUGAAGAACCUCUACGUGUAUGCUGUGGAUGGAGGGAGUCCCUUCCCCGCCGGCUCCUUCCACUUCGACUCCCCGGCUCUCUCCGUCGUCUUCCUCGCCGGCGGGUACGACUUCAAGGGCGAAGCGGAGCCAGGGACCUAUGACGGUUUCCCCAGCGGUUCUCGACUCUGGAUCCAGAAGACGCCGAAAUUCUACGCUGACUUGUACUUCAACUUGCUGAGUCGGGGCGCAAGAAUUGAGUCACCCGGUGAGUCUGCGAGGUGAAUGAGGUGGAGAGAGAGAGAGAGAC